ACGCGGGGGGGGAAGAUGGCGGCGUCCUCGCUGGAGCAGAAGCUGUCGCGGCUGGAGGCGAAGCUGAAGCAGGAGAACCGCGAGGCGCGGCGGAGAAUCGACCUCAACCUCGACAUCGGCCCCGCCCGCACCCGCCCCACCCUGCAGCUGCCCCUGGUGAGCGAGGGGGGCCGGGGGGGUCCCCCCGAGAGCCCCCAGCCCGCGCCCCCCCCCCGGCCCCGGCAGAUGCUGGGGCUGCCCCCGCCCCCGUUCCUGGUGCCGCGCAGCCUCGAGAGCAUUGAGAUCGACCAGAAGCUGCAGGAGAUCAUGAAACAGACGGGGUACCUGACCGUGGGGGGACAGCGGUACCAGGCCGAGAUCAAUGACCUGGAGAACCUGGGCGAGAUCGGCAGCGGCACCUGCGGGCAGGUGUGGAAGAUGCGAUUCCGCAAGACCGGGCACGUCAUCGCCGUCAAGCAAAUGCGGCGCUCGGGGAACCGCGAGGAGAACAAGCGCAUCCUGAUGGACCUGGACGUGGUGCUCAAGAGCCACGACUGCCCCUACAUCGUGCAGUGCUUCGGCACCUUCAUCACCAACACCGACGUGUUCAUCGCCAUGGAGCUCAUGGGCACCUGCGCCGAGAAACUCAAGAAGAGAAUCCAGGGCCCCAUCCCCGAGCGCAUCCUGGGCAAGAUGACGGUGGCAAUCGUGAAGGCGCUGCUGUACCUGAAGGAGAAGCAUGGUGUGAUCCACAGGGAUGUCAAACCCUCCAACAUCCUGCUGGACGAGCGGGGCCAGAUCAAACUCUGCGACUUCGGCAUCAGCGGCCGCCUGGUGGACUCCAAGGCCAAGACCCGGAGCGCGGGCUGCGCGGCCUACAUGGCGCCCGAGCGCAUCGACCCUCCCGACCCCACCAAGCCCGACUACGACAUCCGCGCCGACGUCUGGAGCCUCGGCAUCUCCCUGGUGGAGCUGGCCACGGGGCAGUUCCCGUACCAGAACUGCAAGACGGAUUUCGAGGUGCUGACCAAGGUGCUGCAGGAGGAUCCCCCCCUGCUGCCCCCGGCCAUGGGAUUCUCCGGGGACUUCCAGGCCUUCGUCCGAGACUGCCUCACCAAGGACCACAGGAAGAGACCAAAGUACAACAAGUUACUGGAGCACACCUUCAUCAAGCGCUACGAGACGCUCGAGGUGGACGUGGCCACCUGGUUCAAGGACGUGAUGGCCCGGACAGAGUCCCCGCGCCCGGGGGGUGGCCUGGGCCACCACCUGCCCUUCUUCACCAGGUAGCGCCCGCCCGGCGCCGCCACGCCCGGCAGGGGACACCGGGGACACCGGGACAUCCCCUGGGACACCGGGGACAGCCGGGACACCUCCGAGGACAGGGACAGCCCUGGGACACUGCCCGGUGCCGCCACGCGUGGCAGGGAGCACCAGGGACACCGGGGACAGCCCUGGGACACCGGAACAUCCCCUGGGACACUGCCUGGUGCCACCACACCCAGCAGGGGACACCGGGGACACCCUUGGGACAUCCCCUGGGACAGCCCUGGGACAGCUGGUCCACCUCUGGGGACAGGGACAGCCCUGGGACACCGAGGGCAGCUGGGACAUUCCCUGUGACACACCAGGGACAGCCUUGGGACAGGGACACCUGUGACACCCACCGGGGGUGGUGACACCUGUGUCACCCCCACGUGUCACCCCCCUGUGACCCUCAGCGUGACAGUGACACUUCCACGGCCACCACAGCCCUGGCCUGUCCCGGAGUGUCCCCAGCGUGUCCCCAGCGUGUCCCUGCCUUGCCAGCUGUCCCCUCCCACUGUCCCCACCUCCCCGAGGCCAGGGGACAGCCCUGUCCCCUCUGUGUCCCCCUGGCCGUGCCUCAGUUUCCCACAGGGUCCCGUGUGGGGACAGGGCUGGGGACAGGACGGGGAGGUGGCACCGAGGGUGUGACACUCUGGGAGGUGACACUCGGAGGUGACACUCUGGGAUGUGGCACUCGGAGGUGGCACUUGGAGGUGACACUCUGGGAUGUGGCACUCGGAGGUGGCACUUGGAGGUGACACUCUGGGAGGUGGCCCAGGGACACGGACACGGCCGGGGGAUGUGACACGGGUGUGACGCCGGGGCCUGGGGAUGUGACACUCGGCCCCAAGGGGACAUUGAGGGGACACGGAGGUGGCACCAGCAUGUGGGGACGUGGCACAGAGAUGGCACUCGGGGACACGGAGAUGGCGCAGGAACGUGGCACAGGGGACAGCGUGGAGAGCCAGCAUGGGGAUGUGAGAGCGAGGGACAGCGAGGGGACACGGAAGGAUGGCACAGAGAUGGCACCGGGAUGUGACACGAGGAUGGCACUGGAACAUGACACAGGGAUGGCACCAGCAUGUGACAUGGGCAUGGCACUGGAACGUGACACAGGGACACAGAACAGAGAUGGCAUCGGGAUGGCACAGGACAGAAGUGGCACUGGGAAUGGACACAGGAAUGGCACCAGGAUGGCACAGGACGGAGGUGGCACCAGGAAGUGACGCGGGGACACAGGAGUGGCACCAGGAUGGCACCGGGAGGUGACACAGGACAGAGAUGGCACCAGGAUGUGGCACAGGACACAAGACAGAGAUGGCACCAGGAUGUGGCACAGGGAUGGCAUCAGGAAGUGACACAGGGACAGAGGUGGCACUAGGUUGGCACCGGGAAGUGACGCAGGACAGAGACGUCCCCAGGCUGUGACAGGGGGAUGGCACAGGACAGAGAUGUCCCCGGGCUGUGACAAUGGGGACACGGCACUGAAGGACACGGAGUGGUGGCCUGGGGACACGGACAUGUCACUGAUAUGACAUCACAGGGCCCAGUCCCGGGAUGUGACACCAGGAUGUGACACCAAGGAUGUGACACCAGGGACAUGGUCCAGGGAUGUGACACCAGAGAUGUUGACACCAAGGAUGUGACACUAGGGACGCGGUCCAGGGAUGUGACACCGCGAUGUGACACCAAGGGUGUGACAUUGGGGACACCACAAUGUGACACCAGGAUGUGACACCAAGGAUGUGACACCGCGAUGUGACACUGGGGACACGGCCCAGGACUGUGACACCAUUAUGUGACACCGGAGAUGUGACACCAAGGAUGUGACCCUGGGGACACGGCCCGGGGUGGCCCCGGUGGCGGGGCCGUGAUGGUGGCACGGUGACAAUCAGGGCCGGGCCGUGUCCCCGCCGUGUCCUCGCUGUCCCCAAGGCCAGCAGGUGCAGUUUUAGUGCAUUGGGGGCGCGGGCGGCGCCGCCCCCCCUCACCCUCAUUAAUUAUUAUUAUUAAUUAUUAUUAUUAAUUAUUAUUAUUAUAAAUGCGCAUGUGGAACCCGA